GCAGACUCUUCCCUGACCUUGAGAUAGAAUGGAGGCUAUUCCGGCUGCCGCUCUGGCUCUCGGAGAGAAGAAAAAUAAAGCAGGAGAUAUCUUCUCAACGAAUAGUUUAUUCCAAGGUGAAGAAGAAGAAAGUGAAUUUGAGACUGAACAAAUAUCUGCUGUUGAUUAUGAGGGUGAUGAUGAAGAAGAGAUAGAAGAGUAUGAGGAAGAAAGUAAUGUACAGCAAGAUACAUUAGUUGAAGGUGAUCUGAACAAUAACAAGAUUGAAUAUAAAACCGGAGUGCAAGAAUGGCCAGAUGGUUCUUGCUAUAAAGGCGAAUUUUCAUUUGAUUUAAAACUUGGAUAUGGAGAAUUUGCAUGGGACAAUGGUGAGAGAUACGUAGGGCAAUUUUAUAAAGAUCACCGUCAUGGCAAAGGGAUUUACUUUUGGCCUAAUGGCUCCAAAUUUACAGGUUCAUUUUAUCUUAAUCGUAAAGAAGGCUAUGGGACCAUGGAAUUUAAGGAUGGAAAAAAAUUUCAGGGGCUUUACAAGGCUGAUGAGCGCUUUGGACCAGGAAUUGAAACCUACCCAGACGAUAGCCAAGAUGUUGGCCUGUGGCAUCGAAACCAUAUUAUUAAACUAUGUACAGAAAUGCCAGAGCACUUUACUAUUUCUGAUUUCCCAGAACUCAAUAUCUAUUUUGAUGCUAGGUCUAAAGACCAGUUUAUUUCAGAGGAAAGGAGUUCUAUGUGGGACCUGAAUGAAGAAAAGGAUCCAUUUUUCUACAGCUUCAAACGUCUUCUCUUAAAUGACAGCUAUACGUUGCCUGAUAAUAUGUAUAUAUAUUCAACUGAUGCAGAUAAUCUUCCACUUACUCACUCCUUCCUGAAAGAGUUUGAUUUUCAAUAUUUUAAAAAAAGAAAACAUCAGGCUUAUGAAAAACCAUGGCGUAUAACCAACAUAACUCCUAUUCUGGUUACGAUGCAGAAAAACAUAUAUAAGUAUAGGCAUUGUCAGAAUGACAUAGACUGGGAUGUUAAUGUCAUUAUGGAAGGCAACCGGCAUGGUUUUGGAGCCAAAGGUCCCAAAGAGCUUAUUGCUGAAGAGCUGAUUGAGAAAUCAGCAGAAGGAGCCUAUAAAAGAGUUUAUGAGAUUCUGAGGGACAAUCUGGCCCAUCCAGAUAUAGCAGAUAUGCAUGGAUAUACUGCUCUUGCUGCUGCUGCUAUGAAUUACCAAGAUGAGAUCAUCAACCUUCUUCUGGAUAGUGGAGCUGAUGUGAAUAAAUGCAGUGAUGAAGGAUUAUCAGCUUUGUCCAUGUGUAUUAUUCAUUAUUUCCCUGCAGAAGCAUUUCAGCCCAAUAUUGCUGAAAGGAAUACCUUUAGAAAAGAGUUAGAAGACGUCUUUGAAGAAGUAUCUACAGAAUCUAUACCAUUAUCACAGUCAGAGGUAUCUCAGGUAUCUGAAAUAAGUACUGCUACUACCACCCCAGUAUCAGUUGGAGUGUUAUCAUUCUCAGCUGAAAAGUCAGAAUUUGUCCCAGACAUUGAAAUUAAGUCAUCGGAAGAAACAGACAGUGGAGAAAAGAACUCUGGGACAAUUUGUGGUAUUUACAACUACAAAAUUAAGGUUUCUCCAGAAACUAUGCAUCGUGGCGCAGUUGUUCUUAGCCAGCAUAUGCUAACAACUCACUGUUUACCAGACACUGAGGACGCUGUUCAUCAUGAAGGCACCUUAAGAAGAAUGGCAGCAUCACUAACAGAACAAAAAAAGAGAAAGUCUACAAUCAAACUGCUCCUAAAGAGAGGUGCUGAUCCAAAUAUUUCCAGCUUUCCUAUGUAUGUACUGUUCUUUGCUGUGAAAGCUGCAAAUGCAGAAGUAGUGCAAAUACUUCUAGAAGCUGGAGCAAGGACUGACAUACGACUUCCAACCACGCUUGGGGGGGUAGCUCCACUUCAUAUUGCUGCUGCCCUUCCUGGUAUAGAAGGGAUUGAAAUCACAGAAAUGCUGCUUCAUGCUGCUGCAGACCCUGAUGUAAGGGCAGAAGAUGAGAAUGAUGUAUACCGGCUAGAUGAGGUCCCAGUAAAGUUUGACAUUGGUGAAUCAGUAUCUCUCAUGAGAAUGAAUAAUGAAACUGGACCACCCAAAAGUUACUACAAAGAAUGUACUAUUGUCCCAGAGGGAGGUGGGAGGACAUCUCUUCAUAUUGCCUGUGAGAGGGAAGGCAAUUCUAUGAAUGCUGCCAGAGUUAUUUAUCAUCUUUUAGAUCACAACGCAAAUCCAAAUGUCCUAUGGAGUGGCCAUUCCCCUCUUUCAUUAGCAGUUGCUGUUGGAAAUGAACAGGCAGUAACUGAACUUCUUGCUGGUGGAGCUGAUCCAAAUCUCCCUUUAAGCCAAGGUAUUGGAAGUGCUUUGUGUGCUGUUAUUAACCCUGCAUAUGAACGGAAUGGGACAUUAGCAAAUAAGAUGGCACUG